AUGGCUGGCGGUGCCCCUGGAGCGAGCUCACGCGGCCGUGGUGGCAAGUUCAGAAAAUUCACCAGAGGAGGCGGCAAGCACUUCUCUCGCAAUCUUCAACCUCUCGACUCCGAAGGCAAUGCAGUGAGCAUGUGGAGCGAAGAAGGCAAGCAGAAAGACGACGAGUCCGAAGAAGAAUCCGAAGAGGAGUCUGAAGAAGAAUCCGAAGAGGAAGAGGACAGCAAGGCCCCAGCCCAAGUCACCGAAGCCAACCGCGAGGACCGAAGAGCCCAGAAGAAGGCCCGGAAAGAGGCCGCUAUAGCGAAGGCAAAGGCUGCUGCGGUCGAAGUCGGCGACAUGCCCCCUUCAAGCGACGAGGAAAGCGACGACGGAGAUCUACCUGCCAACCCAAACCACUCUUCAUCAGCCCGUAAGCAGGCUAGCAAAAGCUCGGAUGUUGAAGAGAUCACCGCAGGCGUAAAGAAGCUGCCGGCAAGUCGGCGCGAGAGAGAAGCGGCUGAGGCGGCGGCCGCAAAGGAGAGAUACAUGAAGCUACAUGCCGAGGGCAAGACGGACGAGGCCAAGGCGGAUAUUGCCCGUCUCAAGGCCAUCCGUGCACAGCGCGAAGCUGAUGCUGCUAGGAGACAGGCUGAGAAAGAAGAAAAGGAAGAGCGAGACAGGGAAAGGAAAGCUGAGAUUGAAGCCAGAGAAGCCAAAUUGCGAGCACUGGCUGCUGGAGCUCCUGCUUCAAAGAAGAGCAGUAAAAAGAAAUAA